AUGUCAGACAAGAUCGAUGAGGUCGGCGGUCCUAGGAUCAGCCAGGAUGAAAACCCCAAGAGCGAACAACAAGCGUUCGACCCGAUACUCGAGAAAAAGGUAAUUCGCAAGGUUGACCGAAAUCUUGUCCCGAUCCUCUUCCUGCUCUUCCUCUGCGCAUUCAUAGAUCGAAUCAACAUCGGUAAUGCUCGAAUCCAAGGCUUGGAAGCCGACCUCAAUAUGUCGGGCGAAGACUAUAACAUCGCGCUAUUCACCUUCUUCAUUCUCUACAUCCUCCUCGAAGUACCUUGCAAUAUCUUACUCAAGAAUAUGCGACCGUCGCUGUUUCUCUCGGCUAUCAUGACAGCUUGGGGUAUCGUCACAAUCUGCCAAGGGCUCACCCAGUCGUUCGCUGGGCUGAUUGCAUGCCGCGUUAUAAUCGGUGGUCUUGAGGCUGGCUUCUUUCCGGCAUGUGUGUACCUCCUCAGCAUGUAUUACUGCCGACACGAGUUGCAGUGGCGCUUCAACCUCUUCUUCUCCGCCAGUAUCGUCGCUGGUGCAUUUAGUGGUUUGUUGGCUUAUGCUAUCGCUCACAUGGACGGGAUUGCUGGAUAUGGUGGUUGGAGAUGGAUUUUCAUUAUCGAAGGUGCCGCUACCGUUGCCAUCGCAAUCUGGAGCUACUGGAUGAUUCCAGACUGGCCCGAGACUGCGAAAUUUCUCAACGAUGAUGAACGAGCGCUGCUUGUUGACCGUCUUGCAGCGGAUAAAAAGGAUACUCACAUGAAUACAUGGGAUAAGAAAACAGCCAAGAGAAUUUUCUCAGAUGUCAAGAUUUAUCUCGGUAUCUUGAUGUACAUGGGUAUUGUCACUACCAGCUACUCCGGCUCCUUCUUCACCCCAACUAUCCUCAGACAGCUCGGAUGGACGUCUAUUCGAGCUCAAAUCAUGUCGAUCCCUAUCUUUCUGUUUGCAACCGUGUGUGCACUUGUUUCCGCCAUCGCGAGCGACAAGACAAAGCACCGCUCGGGCUUUAUCCUUGGAGGCUGCCUUUUCACGACCGUUGGAUAUGUGAUUCUGCUCAACAUGAUGUCUGUCAGUGUCGCCAUACGAUACAUGGCCCUCUUCUUCAUCGUCGGUGGUGGGUAUAUCGCCCAGCCAAUCGUGUUGGUCUGGGUGAGCAACAACAUGGCAGGUCAUUACAAAUUGGGUGUAGCUUCUGCAAUGCAAAUUGGUUUCGGUAAUAUUGGUGGAAUUAUCGCUAGCAAUAUCUUCGUCACAACUCAAGCGCCCACAUAUCCUCUAGGAUUUGGUUUAGUGCACAUUCACCAGAAGAAAUACGACACUUCACCCCACUUCAAUCCUUCUCCUUCUUUUUUUCGUAUUAGCGGUCUUGCUUCAAUGGAUCCUCUAUCCGUCUCGGCGUCCGUUGUAGGACUCUUAGGCGCCGGAGCCAAAAUCACAUCUUGUCUCUGGACAUUCGCGACCAACGCUAGAGACGCCCCUCAACUUGCACGUCAUCUUGUCUUUGAAGUAGCCGAUAUCACAGCCGCGCUUGGAUCGCUUCAGGCCUACGUUUGCGGACAAGCUCAAGCCCCCGGGGAACGAGGGGCAUUGAUUCUGUUGGAACAUGUUCUUACUACACUGACAGGAUGUGUUACUACGUUCUCGGAUCUCCAGAGCCUUAUGGACCAGCUGAAUCUAAGCCCUGAAAUGGGGACUAUUGAUAAAAUGAAGUGGGCUCGACAAGAGUCCAAUAUAGCUGCUGUUGUCCAGCGACUCCAAAAUCACAAGUCGUCGUUGACGUUGAUGUUGACCGUUUUACAGUGGUGA